AUGCAAUUGGAUUGGUGUUGUGCUCGGAGCUACGGGGCCCCAUUGAUCCGCCCGCCCAUUGACGGCGCUGACAGUGAGCCCAUGCCCAUGCCCAUGCCCUGUACAUACCAGCACUCGCACCGCUCCAAUGCCAGCCAAACUCGUCUGCCGCUGGACUCUCCAUUCCAUAAUAAGGGAGAGGCUACCGUAGUCACCGAACCGCCAGCUUUGGGCAUCGCCAAUGGGCUUUUCAUCCUCACCCUCAUCGCCAUCGUCCACCGCCGCGCCCCUCGAUUCCGACCAGUUUCUGCACCUGCGCCCGUCUGGCGUCCCGGUGACGCGUGCCGAGGGGAGCGCCGACAAUUAAGGAAGAAAGAGAGAGAGAGAGAGAGGGAGAGGAAGAAAAAAAAACAAGGAGAGGGGGCUUCGUCGACAGCGCGGGACACCGACAGACGGCAGGACUCCAGCCUCGAGUCGAGAGUCAAUCACCAGAGUCAAUCCUCGCACCACCGCUACAACAACCAGUCACCACGACCAAUUACCGCAGUCACCAUCCGCCGUCCGCCGUCCGCCAUCGCAAAAAUGGGCCGACGGGACAACGACGACGAAAAGCCCACCGGCCUCGAGGCCCUGCGGCGCCGCAGCUCCAGCAAUCGCACCAGCCCCAGCGGAUUGAGUCGCAGGAUCAGCAGCCAGAGCACCCGCACCAGCAGCAGCACCACCAGGCGAGACAGCAUCGCCGGCUCCGAGACGCCGCCGCCCCUCAUGCGGUCCAGCCCCAGCGUCGGCUCCUCCAGCUACGGGUUUUCGGCGGGAAGCAGCGUGCUGAGCCCCCUGCGGAGGGAGGUCGACUUCACCCGCAGCCGUGACGGCGGCGACAUCAGGGCCGGCAAGCUGGAGCUGGCCAGGCGCCUCAGCAUGCUCGCCCAGCGCCUGACGUACGGCGACAGCAUGGAGGAGCUGGUCGCGCUCGACAGCCAGGUCAACCAGAUUGAGCAGGCCCUGGGCGGCGGCAUCAGCCCCAGCGUCUAUGGGAGCCCGCCGCUGUCGCGAAAGACCCGUCCGCUGAGCCUGGAGACGCCCGUCCGCAAGAACAGGCACAGCGACAUGGACGGCAGCGCCAUUUUCAGCUCACCGUCGUCUCUGUAUCGAUCCCGCUUCACCGACCAGUUGUCCCCCACUCCCUCGUCUUCCAUGAUGCGUCACGAUGAAUCGGAGGAGGAGGACGCUCCCCCGCCCAAGAAGGGAAUGACGGCGGUGCAGGCCAACAAGAUUAUUGCCGAGUUGGUCAAGUUGAAUGAAGAGCUGGAAAACACAGUCACCAAUCUCAAGGCCCGCCAAGAAGAGUCGGAUCACAUUCAUAGGCUGUUGGUGGAUCGUGCUGAGCAGGCUGCCCAACGCAUCAUUUUCCUCCAGAACCGCAUCCAGUACUUGGAAGAAGAGCUCCAAGAGAAUGACGCCGAACUGACGCAUCUCCGCGUCUGCCUCAAAGCAGUCGAGAUCCAGCUGCCACCACACCCAGACAGAGAACUGCAGCGAUGCUUUGCCGUCUUCAAAGAAGGCUACAGAGCUAUUAAGAAGAAGCGCGCCAUGCGGUCUAAUAUGGUUAGCUACUUGGGCUACGACUCUUCAAUAGCUGCCUCUUCGUCAGCGAGGUGA